AUGGCUGUCGAAUCAGAGGUUCACCAUGAGUCAUCUGAAGAAUACGACUCUGAAGAAUACAAAGAUGAUGAAGAGGUGCUCGAUACUAAGCACAUAGAUGUGGAAAUGGAAGAAGUUGAUUUCAAGACACAAGGUAAAGAGAGAUGCAAGGAUGCUUUCCUUAACUUCAGUUCUGAUUAUGAAGAUAAUGAAGCUGAUGAAGAAAAUGACUUAGUUGAUGAAGAUGAAGAAGGGUUUGGUUCAGAAGAGGAAAUCGAUGACACUGCAGGGGCUAAUGAUCUUGAUUUGGGAGAUGCGGUUGGUGCAGGCUUCCCCAUUCACGACCCAUCAGUUAAGUGGAAUAAGAUGAAGCCCCUUCUUGGUGAAAGGUAUGAAUCACCACAUCAGUUGCAACAAUGUCUCACUAAUUAUGCUAUUAAGUCAGGGUAUAACAUUAAAUUUGCGAAGUAUGACACUGUGAGAUUAACUGCCAAAUGUGGUUCUAAGAUGAAGUCUCAACCCUGCCCAUUCAGAGUUCAUGCUUCCUGGAUGACUCAAGAAAGGUCUUUUCAGAUUAAAACCUUAGUCGAUGAGCACAAAUGUGUUAGAAAUUUCAAUAUUUCAAAUUUACUGAGUCCCAGAUGGCUAGCAAGACACUUUUUGAAGGAGUUGAUAAUGAAACCUAACUUGAAGUGUAAGGAGAUGCAAUCAAUAAUUAGGACCAAAUUUCAUUGUGGUGUGUCUUGGUCUAAGGCUUACAGAACAAGGUGUAGAGCAAUGACCAUUAUAGAUGGUAAACUCACAGAACAUUAUGCUAGGGUGUGGGACUAUUGUCAUGAGUUACUAAGGUCAAAUCCUAGUAGCACUGUCCAAGUUGGUGUCACUGUAAAUCCAUAUCAAACAACAUACUUUCACAGGAUGUAUUUGUGUUUUAAAGCAAUCAAGGAAGGUUGGAAAAUAAGGUGUCAUAGGGUAAUUGGUCUAGAUGGAUCUUUCUUGAAAGGGACAUGUAAAGGAGAAUUACUCACAGCAAUAGGGAGGGAUGCAAACAACCAAGUUUAUUCAAUUGCUUGGGCAGUUGUUGACAUUGAAAACAAAGCUAAUUGGAAAUGGUUUCUGGAACUGCUCACAGAGGAUCUUAAUCUACUAGAUGGAGGAGGGUUUACUGUAAUUUCUGAUCAACAUAAGUUUUGUAAUUUCUUAGCAUAUUUUUGA